AUGAGCUCUCUUAAAAAAAUCUUUCCCCAUAUAAGGCAGCCGGAGAAUAAGUCAGGACUGAAAGAUUUGGAUCUCGACUCUGUUUCUGACCUGGAAAGCUCGAAAGAUCUUGUUGAAUUCAAGGAAUACAGAGAUGAAGCUAAUAGGCCAUGGUGGAAAUUUUUCGAUGAAUAUGAGUAUCGGCUUACUAAAUCAGAAGCAAGCAGGUAUGAACCUUGGAGAUGGUUUCCAAAGGGAAUUUCUUCCGCCGAGAAGAAGCUUUUGCUCAAACUAGACAUUUUAGUUGCCUUUUAUUCGUUUGUGGGAUACUGGGUUAAAUAUCUCGACAGCGCUAACCUUAAUAAUGCUUAUGUUUCAGGUUUGAAGGAGGAUAUUGGAAUGAAAGGAAAUGACUUGAUUGAAACUCAAACAAUAUUUUUAGUAGGAAAUAUUAUUUUUGAACUACCAUGGUUAUUCUUAUUGCCUAGAAUUCCAAUUCCAUACGUUCUUUUCUCUUGUGAAACAAUAUGGGCUUUAUUCACAUUAUUCACAUUCAAAGUUAAAAAUCCUGCUUCCUUAAAAGCCUUUAGAUUUAUAAUAGGAAGUGCUGAAGCGUGCUACUUUCCUAUAUUUCACUACACGUUAGCUUCUUGGUAUAAGCCAGAUGAAGUUGGUCGUAGAGGAGGUCUUUUCUACUGUGGGCAAUUUUUAGGCAUCUUAACAUCAGGUUUACUUCAAUCUGCAGCUUCUCAGAUUUCAUCUUCUAAUCUCAAGGGAUGGCAAUGGAUGUUUUUUAUAGACGGAUUUAUUUCUCUAGGAGUUGCAAUUAUGGGACUUUUGAUGCAUCCAGGGACACCUACCAAAUGCUAUUCACUUUGGCUCACUGAUGAUGAAAUAAUUUUGGCUAGGGAGAGAUUGAAGUCAAAUAAUUCUGAUGCCAGCUUCAAGACGAAUUCUUUCUUCGACAAAAAGACAUGGAAGAAUAUUGUAACUUCAUGGCAUUUUUGGUUGUUUGGAAUUGCCCAGAUAUUUGGAUUUAAUACAAAUAGUGCUUCUUACGGUUCGCAUGCAAUUUGGUUAAAAUCCUUGAACAAAUAUUCUGUAUCCAAAUUAAACCAGCUCACUGCAAUUCCUCCGGCUUUGGGAAUAUUAUGGGUUAUUAUUGUAUGUUUUGGCGCAGAUUUAACUGGGAAAAGAUUUGGAUUCAUUAUUUUUUCGUUUUUAAUGAAUUUUGUCUCAAAUCUUAUAUUGGCGAUAUGGGAUGUCUCCGAAAGCGCAAAAUGGGUUGGAUUUUGUAUGUCAUAUUGGUCUUGGAGUCAAAGUUCUGUCUUUAACCCAUUAAUUAGUGAUAUUUUGCGACACGAUAAUAAUCAAAGGGCUAUAGAGUGGAUGAUUGUAUAUUUGUGUGGACUUACUUCUCUGGCCAUCAUUGGAAGAUAUAUUUUUCAAACUACGGAUUCACCCAGAUACUUAACGGGUUUCACAACAUGUGCUGUUUUCAGUAUUGCUUUUAUCAUUACCGUUCUGAUUUCUUACAUCUUUUACAAACGCGACGAGAAGAAUAAUGCAAAGAAGUAUGGCAUAUACAUUUACAAUAGCGAAAAAGGUGAUAUUUCGCAAGAAGGUCUAAACAAUGCUGAAUCACCGGAUAGCGUAUCUAAGAUUAUUGACUUUUCUCACGGAGACGAAUUCGAACUAAAAAAGAGAACUGAUGACGCAAGAAUCGUAGUAUCUGGAAGUCAAGAAGAUUUUUAA